AUGGAUCUGCUCGGGAGCUACGGAGGUGACAGCGACGAAUCUUUGGAGGAGGGCCAGCAGGCAGAGGGCGGAAAUGCAGAAGCCCCCGCCGCAGCGGACAGCCUGUCGAACAUUGUGGGAUACGUGCAUGCAGACGAUAGUGCAGAGAUGUCCAUCGACAAACCGCACACAUCUCUUGCAGAACAGCUCUCUGAGCAGCUCGGAGCAGCUAAGGACUCGGAUGAGAGCUCGCGCAAGCCCAGGAACCCUGCUGUCCGUGCAAUAUCGAAGAGCUCGACUCCUAUCGUCGGCAGCCCCGGCGGGAUCGUUCCCUCCGACGCGUCAUCGCCUGAAACAGCAGAGAGGUGCUCGACUCCGAUGCUCGUCAGCGAACAGAUGCCGCAAGUUGAACUUCCGCCCGCACCGACCACAGAGAUAGAGCCGAAGUUGAUCGAGAACGUGAACAAGUACACGAGACUACGUGAAAAGGAUAGAAAGGUUAAUGCUGACCUGUAUGACAAGAAAGAGUUUCACAACCCCGGGAUCCUCGAGGUUCUCAUGGCAACCUACAACAUCGACGGAUACGGCAGCAACUAUCCGAAGGAGCUCUUCGACCCCGCGGGAUACUCCCCCAACAUGUUCUACGACAGCUUGAGGAGGCAGGCGGCGAUCAAGGAGGAGAUGAAGCUUGCAGCGGCGGGUGGAGGUAUGGGGCUAGACGCGAUUGCGGCGGGAGCGGAUGCGCAGGGGAGGAAGCGGAGCAAGUGGGAUCAAGGGCUGCAGGGGCCCUCCAUCAACACAGCUGCAACUGGAAUCGCCAUCGCCGAUCUCAAGCGCGUUCAGCAGCUGCAGCAGCAAACGAGUAGGAGAUAG